AUGACCACGACGUCCGACUCUCCCCUUCACCCCCUCGCCGGGCCGGCCGUCCUCUUGUUCGGCCCCCUCGCCCUGUCAUUCGACUCUGCCCAACUCUCCCACGUCCGCAAGGCGGUGGCCAGGACCCCCGGGAACGAGUGGAUGGCCGAGACGAUAUCGCAGCUGCCGCUCCUUUGGGCCCAAAUCACAUCGGCGCUUCCGACCCUCCAAUCCGAGACGGGACGGAGAGAACUCGAGGAUCUCGCCGAUGCUUUCUCGACCGGACGACCCCUUCACACACCCUACCCCCUUCCCAACAAGCUGCUCAUACCACUCGUCGUCCUAUCUCAUUUGACCCAGUAUGCCGAGUUCCUGACCCGCACGACGGCCGAGACGGACGGCCGAGUAGACCUGUUCGCGACGUCGAGAAACGGCAGGGAAACCCUCGGACUCUGCACGGGGCUUCUGAGUGCCUUUGCCGCUUCGAGUGCCAGCAACAAGAAUGACUUUGAGGUCUACGGCGCCGUCGCCAUCCGGCUCGCCGUGCUCGUCGGAAUGGUCGUCGAUGAGCGGGACACAGACACCGCCUCGGAGCUACCGGUUGCAGCAUCGCUGAGCGUUGCUUGGAAUUCCUGUCACAGUCGAGAAGACAUUGUCGAAACCGUGCGAGAGUUUCCCCACACAUAUAUAUCCGUCGACUAUGACGUGAACCGCGCGACCAUCACCGGGGAGCCGGCCGCGCUCGCAGAGCUGCACCGUCGACUGAGAGCCGCUGGAGUCACCUCGUCGGAGAUUGGUCUUCGCGGUCGUUUCCACGCCGACUCCCACCGUCUAUUGAUGCCCUCGCUGCUUCGGUUUUGCGAUGAUAACCCCGAGUUUCAGUUUCCCGACGCGUCGGCCGUACCUUUGCCAACCCGCUCAAACAAUCAGGGAGACCUGCUUGCUCACGGAGCUCUGCAUCGCCACGCGCUCGAGUCCAUCCUGACCGACCCUCCCCGGUGGCACCAGUCCUUCUCAUGCAUGCGCCGGGAACGUCUCGCCGACGAGGAGAUGCUUCUCAUCUCCAUCGGAUCGGAGCGAUGCGUGCCGCCUUCGCAGUUGCCGUCCCUCGGCCGGCAGCUUGUUCAUCUCGCCGACGCCGACAUCGCAACGGCAUCGAUGGCAAAGCACCACCGAACCAUCUCGGAGAAUGACAUUGCCGUCGUCGGAAUGUCAUGCAAAGUGGCCGGCGCCGAUGAUCUCGAAGAGUUCUGGGACCUCCUGUGCGCCGCCAAAUCGCAGCACAGAGAGGUGCCCAAGGAGCGCAUCAAGUUUGAGACGCCCUUCCGAGACACCGAUCCGAAGCGGAAAUGGUUCGCGAACCUCGUGGAUGGGCCCGACAAGUUUGACCACAAGUUCUUCAAGAAGAGCCCACGUGAGAGCGCCACCAUGGACCCCCAGCAGCGGUUGCUCCUCCAGAUAGCCUACCAGGCCGUCGAGCAUUCGGGCUACUUCAACUCGGCCGAUCCGGACAGGCGUGUUGGAUGCUUCAUCGGCUUGUGCGCCUCCGACUACGAAUGCAACAUGGCCUGCCACCCACCCAACGCCUUCUCGGCGACGGGCAACCUGCAAGGCUUCGUCGCCGGCAAGGUCAGCCAUCACUUCGGAUGGACAGGUCCCGGUCUCACCAUCGACACCGCCUGCUCCUCCUCGGCCGUCGCCGUGCAUCAAGCGUGCCGCGCCAUCAUCGGCGGCGAAUGCAACGCCGCUCUCGCCGGCGGCACCCACGUCAUGACGAGCCCCUUGUGGUUUCAGAACCUCGCCGGCGCCUCCUUUCUCAGCACCACCGGCCAGUGCAAGCCUUUCGAUGCCAAGGCCGACGGGUACUGCCGUGGCGAGGGCGUCGGAGCCGUCUUCCUCAAGAGACUCUCGGAUGCCGUGGCCGAUGGGGACCCGAUCCUCGGCGUCGUGGCAGCCACGGCCGUCCAGCAGAACCAGAACUGCACCCCCAUAUUCGUACCCAACGUCCCGUCGCUUUCGGAUCUCUUCCGCGUCGUCGCCAAGGACGCCAGGCUUCGACCCGACCAGAUCUCCGUCGUCGAGGCCCACGGCACGGGGACGGCCGUGGGAGACCCGGCCGAGUACGACAGCAUUCGACAGGUGUUUGGGGGGGCCAUCCGCCGGAAGCCGCUGCUGGUCAGCUCCGUCAAGGGUCUCGUCGGCCACAUUGAAUGCACGUCGGGCAUCAUCUCCAUGAUCAAGGUGCUGCUGAUGAUCAACAAGGGGCUCGUGCCGCGGCAGGCUAGCUUCACCAGCAUCAACCCUGCCAUUGGCGCCGUCGAGGCGGAUAGAAUGACCGUGCCGACGAGCACGAAGGCGUGGGAGACCGGCUUCAGGGCUGCCUUGGUCAACAACUACGGCGCGUCCGGGUCCAACGCGUCCAUCAUCCUCACGGAGUCACCGCUCGCCCGCGUCAAACCCACCGCCGGGCAUCUUCCGGCGGCAGCCACUCCCCCGAAGCAUCCCAUCUGGCUCGCCGGGUUCGAUGAACGCUGCCUUCAGCGGUACGCCAAAGCCCUUGGCAAAUUCAUGGAGCGAGAUGCCGGGCCCGGGGAGGAUCGCAGCUUGGCCAACAUUGCCUUCAACCUCGCUCGCCAGAGCAACAGGGGGCUGGAUCGAAGCCUCAUGCUCAACGUGCACUCCGUGGGGGACCUGAUGCAGAAGCUCGAAAAAAUCCGCAGCGGCCACGACUCGGUCGCCUCGGCCGCGAGGCCUGCCGCGAGGCCGGUGGUCCUCUGUUUCGGCGGCCAAAUCUCGACGUAUGUCGGAUUGGACCGCCAUCUGUACGAGUCUGUGGCUGUUCUCCGGAGGCACCUCGACACCGUUGACGCCGUGACACGCUCGCUGGGGCAUGGAAGCAUAUAUCCGAGCAUUUUCGAACGGCAGCCCAUCCAGAGCAUCGUCAAGCUUCAGACGAUUCUCUUUGCCAUGCAGUACGCCUGCGCUCGGAGCUGGAUGGAUUCUGGCCUGCGACCCAGCGCCGUCAUGGGGCACAGCUUCGGCGAGCUCACGGCGCUGUGCGUCUCUCAGGUCCUGUCGUUGGAAGAUUCGCUGAGGCUCGUCGUCGGCCGCGCGACCAUCAUACAGGAUGCUUGGGGAUCCGAAAAGGGAGCCAUGAUGGCCGUCGAGGCCGACAUUGCCGACGUGGAAAAGCUCCUCGCCGACGCCAACCAAGAGGAAGGCGGCCAAGGGGCCGUGACGAUUGCCUGCUACAACGGUCCCAAGAGCUUCACCCUUGCCGGUCCCGACUCCGCCAUCGACGGCGUGGCGGCCGCCAUGAACAAGAUGCCAAACACCACGCCCAUCCGGGCCAAGAAGCUCAACGUGACGAAUGCCUUUCACUCGGUCCUCGUGGAGCCCCUGAUGGAGCGUCUCGAGGAUUGCGCCCGCGACCUGACGUUCCGCGAGCCCGUCAUCCCCAUGGAGCGUGCCACCGAGUCACCGUGGCAGGGAAAGUUUACGCCCAGGUUCGUCGCCGACCACCUGCGCCAACCCGUCUUUUUCAACCAUGCCGUCCAGAGGCUGGCGAGAAGAUUGCCGUCGGCCGUGUUCCUCGAAGCCGGCUCCUGUUCCACCAUCACCUCGAUGGCCAGCAGGGCGCUCGGAAACCCCGGCGACUCCCAUUUCCAGCCCAUCAACAUCACGAGCGAUAACGGCUGGAACAAUUUGGCCGAUUCCACGUUGAACCUGUGGAAGUCUGGGUUGAGCGUGCACUUUUGGGCUCAUCAGGCCGCCCAAACGCCCACGUACACGCCGCUGUUUCUUCCGCCGUAUCAGUUCGACAAGACGAGCCACUGGCUCGAUCUAAAAGUACCGGCAAAAGGGACAGUUUCGACGGCAGCAGCAGCAAACGAGGGCGACGUGGAGAAGUUGCCCGAGACUCUACUGACCUUCCUUGGCCAUCAGGGGGACAAUCAUCGGCUUGCGAGGUUCAGGAUCAACACCGGUAUUCGCCAGUAUGACAAGUUUGUGGCCGGCCACAUCGUCGCUCGCACAGCACCGAUAUGUCCCUCCAUUGUGCAGUUGAACUUGGUCAUGGAGUCGGUUCGAACCCUUCGUCCAGAAUUGCGUGACCAGACACUGGAGCCGCAGGUUCAUGUGGUGGAGAACCUUGCACCCCUCUGCGUCAACCCGGCGCGGCAGGUCGUCGUCGAGAUCGAAGAGCUGGCUCGUGGUGCGGUCCUCUCGUGGGAUUUCCGAGUGCUGAGCACCGAGGCAUCCAAGCAGGGGGGGCAAGCCGUCGUGCACACGACGGGCAAGAUCAACUUUUGCGCUGCCGACGAUGUCACGGUAAAACUCGAGAUUGCGCGGCUCGAGCGGCUCGUGAGUCACCGACGCUACGAGGAAAUGAUGCACAGCGGCGACGUCGAUGAGAUUCUCUCGCACCGGAACCUGUACGGAAUCUUCUCCGACACUGUCGAGUACUCCGAUGAGUACCGUGGGCUCCAGAAGCUCGUCUGCCAGGGGAACCAGUCGGCAGGAUACGUGACGAGGAACAGAUGUCCGUCGGGCGUGGACGAUGCCUUCUCGACCGAGGCAAUCUGUCAGGUCGGAGGCAUAUGGGUGAACUGCAUGACGGGCCAAGCGGCAGAGGACAUGUUCCUCGCCAACGGCAUCGAGCGCUGGAUCCGCUCGCCGACCCCCCCGACGAGCAAUGGGAAGCCCGAGAUGACGGUGCACGUGCUGGCGACUCAUCAUCAGCUGUCCGAGAAGGGUUUCAUGACCGACAUUUUCAUCUACGAUGCGGAGACCAAGUCCUUGGUCGAGGCCAUUCUCGGCAUCAGCUUCGUCAAGGUCGCCAGGGCCACGAUGCGCAAACUUCUUGCCCGACUCACUCCGGGCGUCGUUUCCAACCGGCCCGAACACGCCCCAUGCUCAUCCCUGGCAGCGAUCGCCGAGGUGGACUCGCAAGCAGCCGUCGAGAGCGCGGCGCAACCGUCACCGUCGGCCCGGCCCGCGUCCUCUCCCCGUGCGGCCAAACAGUCGACGGCCAGACCGGACGUCGGUCCAAAGGUCAAGGCGAUCCUGGCCGAUCUUUCGGGCCUGGAACUGCACGAAAUCAGGGACGACAGUGGGCUUGCCGACUUGGGCAUCGACUCGCUCAUGGGAAUGGAGAUGGCGCACGAGAUCGAGGCGGCGUUCAAAAUCACGCUGCCCGAGACGGAGCUGAUGGAGGUGAUGGACAUGCCCAGCCUCAUCAGCUGUGUCAAGCGGGCGUUGGGUGCGGCCGCUGGUUCCUCGGAGGACACCGUUUCGUUGGCAUCGUCGGAGGAGGCCGAGUCCAGCGACGACAGGUCCGACGACCACAGCUCCGUGGUUUCGUCGGACAAUCAUACCGAAAUCUCGACGCCGCAACAGGAAUCGGAUUCGGAAUAUGGCGAGUUGAAACUCUCCUUGGACGUCGUCAUGGAGGCGUUCAACGAGACCAAGGCGCUGACCGACGAACGCAUCGUCGAGUACGGCCAGACCGGCUACGUCGACACGGUCAUGCCUCUUCAGACGAAAAUGUGCAUCGCCCUCACGCUCGAGGCUCUGGAAGAGCUGGGCGUUCCCCUGCGCGACGCGGAAGCGGGCCAAAAGUUCCCACGCAUCUCCCACGCGAGCGAACACGGCCGUCUGGUCGAGUACCUCUACCAUAUGUUGGACGAGGAGGCCCAGUUGAUCAUCGUCGACGAAAAUGUCAUCACGAGAACGGCCGUGUCCUAUCCUCCUCAGUCCAGCAAGGAGGUGCUCGAGGAACUUCUGGAGCGGUUCCCGGACCAGGACACGGCGAACAAGCUCACGUUCUACACCGGCUCUCACCUGGCACAGGUUCUGCGCGGAAAAACAGACGGCAUCAAGCUGGUGUUCGGAAACGCCCACGGACGCGAGCUGGUGUCGGGCUUGUACGGCGAAUGGCCUCUCAACCGCAUGUUCUACAAGCAGAUGGAGGACUUUCUGGGCCGUCUCGCCGCGAGGCUCAAUGGGGCCGACGGGCCGCUCAAGAUCCUCGAGAUGGGAGCCGGUACGGGCGGCACGACGCGCUGGCUCGUCCCUCUGCUGGCCAGCCUCGAGGUGCCAGUCGAGUACACGUUCACGGACCUCGCGCCGUCGUUUGUGGCCGCGGCGCGGAAGAAGUUUGGCAAAUCGUACCCGUUCAUGAAGUUCAGGACGCACGACAUAGAAAAGGCACCGGAGCGUGAUCUCGAGGGAACGCAGCACGUCGUCAUCGCCAGCAACGCCGUGCACGCCACGCACAGUCUACGCGGUUCGGCGGGCAACAUGCACAAGCUGCUGCGCCCGGACGGCUUCCUCCUCAUGCUCGAGAUGACGGACAGGAUGUACUGGGUCGAUCUCAUCUUUGGCCUGUUCGAAGGCUGGUGGUUCUUCGACGACGGCCGGACGCAUGCCGUGGCCGGCCAGGAGAGAUGGCGUGAGGACCUGCAGUCGGUAGGGUACGGACAGGUGGAUUGGACAGACGGCCAGAGGGCAGAGAACAGGGUCGAGAAGUUGAUCAUUGCCAUGGCAUCCGGCCCAAGGUGGGAGAGCAUUCCAACCCCCUCGGACCGGCCACGUCUCUCCGCUGACCUCGCCGCGCGGCAAGCCGUCGUUGACAGGUACGUUCGACAGCUCACCGACGGGUUCGCCGACGCCCUGAUGGGGGGCGCGUCGGGGGGUUCCCCGGACCGCGACAAGGGCGGCAUGUGCGUGGUCGUGACGGGGGCGACGGGGAGCCUGGGCUCGCACAUUGUCGCCAAUCUCGCCGGCCGCUCCGACGUUGCUCGCAUCAUCUGCCUCAACCGGCGCGGGAAGCUGGACCCCCGGGAGCGGCAGAUGCGGUCGCUGGCGCAGAAGGGCAUCGUUCUGGGCCGGCAAGGGCUCGAAAAGUUGCGCGUGCUGGAGACGGACAUGUCCGAGGCCAACCUGGGACUGACGGGUGCCGACUACGAUGCCGUCGUGAGCGAUGCCACGCACAUCAUCCACAACGCGUGGCUCAUGAACGCCAAGUGGCCCCUCAAGCGGUUCGAGCCGCAGCUGCGGAUGAUGGGCCGCCUGCUGGAGGCGGCGGGCAGGGCGUCCGGCCGUCGGCCACCGGGGCAGAGGGUGACCUUUCUGUUCGUCUCCUCCAUCGCCACCGUCGGCCACUGGCCGCUCCGGACCGGCCAGGCGAGGGUUCCGGAGGAGCGCAUGACGAUUGAGUCGGUGCUGCCGACGGGCUACGGCGACGCCAAACACAUCUGCGAGCGCAUGCUCGACGAGACGCUGCACCGGCACCCCGAUCGGUUCCGGGCCACGGCGGUGCGGCCGGGACAGGUGGCGGGCUCGAGCACGAGCGGCUACUGGAACACGAUGGAGCACCUUGCGUUCCUGCUCAAGUCGUCGCAGACGCUGCAGGCGCUGCCGAAGCUCGAGGGGCUGCUGUCCUGGACGCCCGUCGACACGGUGGCCGGCACCAUCGUCGACCUCGCGACGCUGCCGGAGGCGAUGACGCUUCACGCCUCGUACCACGUCGACAACCCGGUCCGACAGCGGUGGCAGAAGACGCUGCCGGUGCUCGCCGAGGCGCUGAGGAUCCCCGGCGGGAACGUGAUUGCGUUGGACGAUUGGGUGCGGCGGGUGAGGAAGCACGGACGGCAGGCGGGAGGGCCGGAGGGCGACAACCCGGCCCUCUUGCUCGUCGAGUUUCUCGAGGACAACUUUGUCCGCAUGUCGUGCGGAGGGCUGCUGCUGGACACGACCAAGGCGCGGGCGCAUUCGAAGACGCUGGCCGAGUGCGGCCCCGUGGGCGAAGGAGUGAUUCGACGCUACGUGGAGAGCUGGAGGAGGAUGGGCUUCGUGCGAUAG